AUGGCAACGAAAAGUUACACAUUGGCAGAGGUGCUAGCCGUGGCUAAGACACAUCCUUUCUACAACCCGGACAUUGUGUACCCCGCCGAUGCGGAAACGAUCGAGAGUCUUCGGAAAACGGUCACUGACCAAAAGGAGAAGCCUAGACUCCAGGACCAGCCACUUCUUGAGAAGAAAACACUGUACAAGGCCAUUGAACGACUUACACAUGAUGUGGACCCACGAAACACCUAUCGACAAAGCUCCUAUAUGAGCAUUACUGGUGGUGGCUCUGGUGGGGUGCCCAUGAUGUUUGCCGUGGAUGUGCACGAGAACCGUCGACAGAGAUCGCAAAUGGGGGAAUUUCUCAAAUUGUGCGGAGUCACUCAGCCCGGAGAUUGGGUCUUGUCCACCCAUAGUGCCGGUGGAUUCUACAGGUCCCUCGAUCUUAUGACGGAAAUCAUGGAGAAUGCCGGAGCCACGGCCCUCAGCGCGGGAAGCUAUAUGCCACCUGAGGAUGUCGCUAAAUCUCUGGCCGACUACCAUGUCAAUAUUCUAGCCGGCGACAGCAGCCAUGUCGUCCAAACUGUCUACAGUAUCUCCCUCAUGGCGAAGGAAGACCGUGACCGCGUCAGACUCGACAAGAUCAUCUACACCUCUGAACCCCUGACUGGUCCACAGCGAGCAUUCAUCAAGACGAUUCUUGGCGAGGUCAAGAUAAUUUCCGUCAUGGGAAGUGCCGAGGCCGGUCCCUGGGCAAUCAGCAGCCCGGACCUAACAGGGGAGCAGAGCCUGACCAGCAACAGCACGGACUUCGUCAUCGACACGCGCAACAUGGUAGUCGAGAUCGUUUCACCCUCUGUAAUCGACGGCGUAUCUAACCCUGAUCCGAUCCUCCUUCCACAGGGAGAAGAAGGUCUCAUCGUGCAGACGUCUCUCCAGCGACUGCGCAACCCGCUAGUGCGCUACAUCACCGGCGAUAUUGGCUCCCUCCACCCACUCCCGACCGCAGCCUGUGCUGUAGUCCCCGAAGCUGAUCGGGACCAUCUACGUAUAUUGCGUAUGCACGGCCGCGACCCUCGCUUCAGCUUCAAGUGGUUUGGUGGCUAUUUCGAGUUUGAUAGGAUUGCUGCCUUCAUGCAGGAGGAAGAGUGUGGCAUUCUGCAGUGGCAGAUCAUUUUGGGCCGACUGGAGAAUUCACCGCAGGCGACGCUGGAAAUUCGGUUACUUCGGUCCCCGUCUCGGGAUGGAAUUUUAUCGGAUGACGCUCUUAUCAAACGCGUUGAGGCUUUCUUCAUCGUGCUCCCUGAGAAUGAACCUCUCUUCCGAAUCGUGUUUCUGGAUGGCCUUGGAGGGUUUGAACGGAGUGCUACCGCGGGGAAGGUUAUCAAGUUUGUGGAUCGAUGGCAUUGA